AUGGCAAUCGAUUACUCAAAGUGGGACAAGAUAGAAAUCUCGGAUGACUCGGACAUCGAGGUACAUCCUAAUGUGGACAAGCGGUCGUUCAUUCGGUGGAAGCAGCAGUCGAUUCAUGAGCAGCGAGAGAAGCGUAAGCAGGACAUCAGGAACUUGGAGUUCCAGAUCGAGAUGUACGGGCACCUGAACAAGCGGGUGGACAAGCUGAUGGAGGCGCUGUCGGACAGGGAGCUCGUGGACCGGGAGCGUGUGACGCGGUUUCUGAACGAGAACUUCGACAAGACGGAGAAGGGCUCGGGUGAGAAUGUGGACCCGGACAUGCCUCCAUAUAACGAGAUGGUGGAGGACCUGUUUGAGCAGUUAGAGCGCAACGCGGCGGAGGAGAAGAAGGACCCGAAGGACGGGACGGUACUGCGGGAGCAGAUGCAGAAGCACCGUGAGAAGAUACGCACGGUUACCGCGGAGGCGCGGACCAAGCUGGACGAGCUCUACAAGGAGAAGGCAAUGCACAUCUCUUCGGAGGACAUACACACAGGCUUUGACCGAAGCUUCGUUAACAAGGGCAAGGAUGGCGAUCAGGCAACGUUCAUGCCUGUACCUGCUAAACCAGACCAGGCCGCGCUCCCUGAUAGCCUCAAAUUGGUCCCAACCGACUUUAUCGACUUCAAAGACGACCCCAUGAAGUUGGCCCCUGAAACGGAGCAGUUCGGCUCGGUCCCUGUUGGCAACUACAAAGCGUCAGAAGCGUACCUAUUGGAUCACGUUUCCAUUUUGUCUGAGCAGCAGAAAGAUGCUCUAAUGAUGCAGGCUUUUGAAUAUCAGCUUGCAGGUGACGAGAAGAAGGCAUACCAGGUGAUCCACCAGUCCGAACUGAUGUCCUAUAUCCGCGAAAUAUAUGCUAUGAAGAAGAUUCCACACCUCAAUGCAGAAGAACUGAAAGAGGUCAUCAGAGUUUUCUUCCAGAAAGUGUUUUACAACACUAAUAACAAAAUGGGCAAAUCUUCAUUCCUGGAGUCGGUCCAAUCAAAGUUCAAGCAUGUCACCGAGCGCUGCAAAGUACUGGCCAACGAACAAGCAGACACUACUGAAGGUGGUGUGGAAACGAUCCAAUUAAAAUCUUUGGACGAAUCCACAGAAUUGCAGGUCAAUCUUCCUGAUGCUCAAUCAAAAGACCCCAAGGAAAUCCAGAAGGUCGCGGCCUUCAAUAAGCUACCAAAAACGAUGCAGGAUGCGGUCAAGACCCAAAAACUUGAUGCUAUCAACGAGGUGUUUGCCGAAAUGUCGAUCGAAGAGGCAGAGGCAAUCUUGGAAAUCUUUAACGAAGGAGAAAUUAUUGGUGUCAACGCCCUCCUUGAGGGUGAAGAGGAAUUUAAGGAGCUGCAAGAACACUACAACCAAGAGAAAAACAUGGAGCAGUUAUCUAUUGGAGAAGUAGAUGGUUCUAGUAGUUCGGCGCCUCAAGACACUGCCAACAUCAUCGACUAG